AUGUCAGAGACAUCCAGCACGGAGACUGGUUGUGGAUCCGACUGCUCCGUUACACUGGCCGGAUACUGGCACGACAAGCACGAGAUGUGUUUUAUCCUCUGGGCUUUUGACUGGUUCGUCGUGAUUCAGAUCCGUUUGGGAUUGGGGUACCAGUACUUGGGGUUCCUGGAAGACCGACCGUUGCUGACCGAUCAGUAG